AUUUUGUCCCGCCCCUCCUUCCUCCCGCUGCUCCCCUCAGGAGCCGCAGCCAUUUUGUCCCCCCCCCCCUCCAUCCCCGUCAUGGCGCUGGUCUCGGCCGAUUCCCGCAUCGCGGAGCUGCUGGGGGAGCUGCACCAGCUCAUUAAACAGACGCAGGAGGAACGCUCCCGCAGCGAGCACAACCUGGUGAACAUCCAGAAGACGCACGAGCGGAUGCAGACGGAGAACAAAAUUUCCCCCUAUUACCGCACCAAGCUCCGAGGGCUCUACACCACAGCCAAGGCCGACGCCGAGGCCGAGUGCAACGUCCUCCGGAGAGCUCUGGAUAAAAUCGCCGAGAUCAAAUCCCUGCUCGAGGAGCGCCGCAUCGCGGCAAAAAUCGCCGGGAUUUACAGCGAGGCAGAGCCGCCCAGGAAGACGAUGAGGAGGGGGGUGCUGAUGACGCUGCUGCAGCAGUCGGCCAUGACGCUGCCGCUGUGGAUUGGGAAGCCCGGGGAAAAGCCUCCUCCGCUCUGCGGGGCCGUCCCGGCCGCCGGGGACUACGUGGCCAAGCCCGGGGACAAAGUGGCCGCCAGGGUGAAGGCGCUGGAGGGCGACGAGCAGUGGAUCCUGGCCGAGGUGGUCAGCUACAGCCACGCCGCCAACAAGUACGAGGUCGACGACAUCGACGAGGAAGGCAAGGAGCGCCACACUCUGAGCCGCCGCCGCAUCAUCCCCCUGCCCCAGUGGAAAACCAACCCCGAGACCGACCCCGAGGCGCUGUUCCACAAGGACCAGCUGGUGCUGGCCCUGUACCCGCAGACCACCUGCUUCUACCGCGCCCUCAUCCACGCCCCGCCCCAGCGCCCGCAGGAUGAUUAUUCGGUGCUUUUCGAGGACACCUCCUACGCCGACGGGUACUCCCCGCCCCUGAACGUGGCCCAGCGCUACGUGGUGGCCUGCAAAGAGACCAAAAAAAAGUGAAAAUCGGGGGAAAACGACCCAAAAUUUGGGUAAAACGACUCAAAAUUGUGAAAGGGCGGCCCAGAAUUAGCGGGGGAGGGGAAAAUGGGAAAAAAAUUGGGGUUUUGAGGGGUAAAAAUGGAAUUUAAAUGGGAAAAAAUGAAAAAAAAUAUUUUUUUUUAAUGGGGAAAAAUUGGGAUUUUUCUGGUGAAAAUUGGGGUUUCUGGGGGGAAUAAAUGGGAAUUUUGAGGGGAAAACUUGGACUUUUUUGGGGGCACAAAUAAGGGUUUUAUGGGAAAUAACGUGGUUUUCGUAAAAGAGAAAUUGGGAUAUUUUAGAGGAAAAAAUUGGGAGUUUUAUGGGGAAAAUGUUUUUUUUUUUUUAGGGAAAAAAAGGAGAAUUUUGAGGGGAAAAUUAGGAGUUUUGUGGUUAAAAUUAUUAAGAAGAGCCCCAAAAUUUGGGGUAAAAAUCCCCAAUUUUUUGGGAGGGGUUGAAAGAUUUCAAAAAAUGACUUUGAGGAAAAAGAACGGGAAAAAAAGUGAAAAAAAAAAGGUAAAAAAUUAGUAAAAAACGGAAUUCGACGUCACAAAAUGGCGGCCAAAAGGGGAGGGGCAAGAGGGAAAUGACAUCAUAGGGGUGUGGCCCAACAAGCCAUACUCAUUUAAUAACGAUAAACAAAUUAAUUAUAUUGUAAUAAAUAAGUUUUAUUAAUAAUAAAUUAAUUAAAAACGAUAAAAA